AUGUCUGACAUCAAAGUUGCUCCCCCUGUACCGCUGGUGGGAUCAUUGAGUAUCUCCAAGGCAACCAACUUUAUUUUCUCCUUUUUCCCUCUAGAAACAAAGGAGGAGCUAGAAGAAUUAAUGUCCGACAUCAAAAAGACGGCAAACAAAGUGCGCUCCAAGUUAAAGAGUAUUGAACAGAGCAUUGAACAAGAAGAAGGACUGAAUAGAUCAUCUGCUGACCUAAGGAUAAGAAAAACUCAGCAUUCAACAUUAUCACGCAAGUUCGUGGAGGUGAUGUCGGAGUACAAUGCCACGCAGUCUGACUAUAGAGAGCGCUGCAAAGGGAGGAUUCAAAGGCAACUGGAAAUCACUGGUAGGACUACGACCAGUGAGGAGCUGGAAGACAUGCUGGAGAGCGGAAAUCCAGCCAUUUUCUCCUCUGGGAUCAUCAUGGACUCGAACAUCACAAAGCAGGCACUCAAUGAGAUUGAGACGCGGCACAGUGAGAUCAUCAAGCUGGAGAACAGCAUCCGGGAGCUGCAUGACAUGUUCAUGGACAUGGCAAUGCUCGUGGAGAGCCAGGGUGAGAUGAUCGACCGCAUCGAGUAUAAUGUCGAGCACUCCGUGGACUAUGUGGAGAGGGCUGUGUCUGAUACCAAAAAAGCUGUUAAGUACCAGAGCAAAGCCCGACGGAAGAAGAUCAUGAUCAUCAUCUGCUGCGUGGUGCUGGGCAUUGUCAUCGCCUCCACCUUCGGCGGCAUUUUCGGAUAGAACUUCCCAAGCCCAGACUCUUUCUUUUCAAAGAGUCCAAGGAAGUGAGGCCGAACUGCCGGGCCCGGGCAGCCGCCCUGCAGGGAGCCGAGCCUCAGCGCCCCCAGGAGCCCUCCCAGCAGAAUUUCAGUUUCUAAUGCAUGAUCGUUUUGUAACUGUGUGUGUGGUGCGGUACGUCUGUGUGGAGAGGGGCUGCACCAGGCCAGAAGGGUGGGCAGUGCGGGGAGCCAGGGCCAGGGCAGGAGGAGACAACAAAGCAGGGACCUGAGAUGCCAGGGGUUGGGGGAACUGGGAUCCAGAGAGGGCAGAACACACUUGGCACUGCUUCUAACACAGGGAGCCAGAUGGCAUAGGCACAGGUGCAGGUUGCUUUGACCAGUCUUCUAACAUGCAGCCAGGCACGUGGUAGCUGAACCCACUGGCCAAGGGAGCACCCUGAGAACAAGGAGCAGGGCUAAUGUCAGUACAGGGCAAUGCUGGGUUCUCAGGGCAGGUGCUGGCUAACCAACACCACCCCCCCAGUCAAUUCUGGGCCCUCGCUGGCACAGCUAACAUCUGUGUCCCUAGCACCUGCCCUGUCAGGCCACUCAUAACUCAGCAGUUCUGCUGGCUCCUUUUCCUGGCCAGUUAUGGCAUCAUGCCCGUCUCCUUGGCAGAUGCUUCCUGCAGUGUCCCUCACACCUGGCAUCCCUUGACGCUUCUGUGACCACUUCCUGCAGUGCCCUGGCUUCUCUUCCUCUUCCCCAGCUGCCUUCCCCAGCGGCUGCUCCUGGCAUGUUCCCUCCACUCUGGCUCCUGCAGGGCUGGGUUCUCUGCCGCUGCCUGUGCUGGUCGGAAGUGUUUUCCUGUGAGGCUGGGCUGACAGGGCAGCAGUCCCUGUGCCCAUGGAGUGCACGUCCACAGGUAGGACCAGCACUGCUGCAUGGGAAGGAUCGGGGUAGACAGAACUGCAUUCCUCCCUGCUGUGCUCCUAGGUCAGCCAGGGCACAUACUUGCUCCUUGCCCUUUUGGCCUGAGAGGUGAGCUGUGCAGAGCUGACACUGCGCAGGGAGUCCAAAGGAGGAUUAAGCAGAGGCCUGAGCUUUGCCAUUGACUGGGCAGGGGAGGUGGUGUGGGAGCAGGGAUAGCUCUUGGCCUUGCUCCUGGCCUCCUCCAUUCCCAUGCCCGUGUUAGAAGAGCCCCAGGUCCCUUCACUGCACCUUGCACUUACUUGGGGAAUGCCCCAUGGUGCUGGAGGUUGCCUUGGCCAUUGCCUAACACUUCCGCCAGCUCUGGGCUGAUAUUCAUAGAAUCAUAGAAAAUUAGGGUUGGAAGGGACUUCAGGAGGUCAUCUCAUCCAA